GCAGAUUCGGUGGUGCAUGAGGAUAACAUGAACGGAAAAAUGCUUUUAUUCGGAUGAAAAGUGGACUGAUCGGGCUUUAAAAUAUAUCUGUCCAGCGUCGAAAUGAGUGAAAAGUACUUUGUGAUAGUUUUUAGUUUGAAUUUUGCCAAGAUCGUGCUGAAAAAGCGUGAAAGUAGGGUCAAAUUUUUGAAGAUCUCUUGGAUUGACCGACAACCCACACAGUGACUGCGUUGUAGAUCACGCAGGACGGAACCAAUACAAGUACGUAGUAGUAGUGCAGUGGUUUUACUGAGGUCCAAGACUGUAUUAGCAGCGUGUGAGUGGACGAGCCACCGUUUGUUUAUGUGAAAUAGUUGAAAUUCCAAUGCCCGAUCGAUCAAUGCUAGCCCAUGCUGGCUGGGCUGGGUGACUGCUGAUGAUCCCGGUGUGUUGUUAUUUUGCUUUACCCCGACGAAGUGUUGGUGAUUUUGCCUUCGGCAGACGAACAGAGGGCAAACGAAAUGAAGGAAAAUAUUUGUAUGCGAGGAAUGAGAAGAAAAUCCACAUUUCUCCGCAUCAGCAUUAACCAGGAGCACUGUCGCCGAUCGAUAUGUGACCGAUUUAAUUAUUUAUCGUGAAGUGAAUUACACCAGCAAUUGAAGCAAUCCGUGAGAAGUCGGAUGGUAAUCGAGAAAAGUAAACAAAAAGAAGAAAAAGAAAUAAAUCUUGUUAUUGUGAUUGUAAUUUAAUCCGCAGUAGUAUUUCCGGAUGUAACGAAGAAAUAUCGAUCGGUGAUAGGCAGGAAAAGUGUUCAAUAGUGUGAAAAUUUAUAUUCUGUUGGUGCCAUCUAUGAUACAGCAGAGCCAAAACCUGGCGAACUAUCAAAUGCGUAUUGCAUGCUAAUGAAUUACGACAACAUUAGUCAGUGAUGAGUUCAUUGACCAGGGUGAUAGCAGAUUCACGUGGAUUAUCGCAAUUUUCUAGUUGAUCAAUCACAGUAUUAUAUUCAACUGUAAAUACGAUGGCCGAAUUCUUGCCACUCUGUGAUGUACUGUUCAACGUGAUCUCUCUGGCCGGUUACUUCUGCGAUGUUGUCUUCGAUGUCGUGCUCGGCUAUGCACUAUACGAAAGGCAGAAGUUUACCUACUUUGCUGCCGUUAUCGUGAUUGUCAGUUUUUCACUAGUAAUCUCACAGAUUGUUUCCGUACGAUGGUAUUUAAACAAACGAAAGUUGAGAAGUUCGACUACCGCAACUACAGGACCACCAUCCGAAGGCCACGACCACUCAGAAAACAGCAUGGAGAAAAAAAAGAAAAAAUCACCAGAUGAAGUGCUAACUAAAACGGCCAAAUACAGCCGAUACGCCGUACUGGCACUUCACGCCACGCAAUUAGGUGUAUUAUGGCGUUACGCUAAGCUCUUCGUUCCCGUAGAUUUACGCCAUGUGAAACAUGAGGUCCGAGACCUAUGUAUGCUACGGCUGGUGCAUGCGUUCUGCGAGGCAGCACCGAUGCUUUUACUGCAACUAUAUGUACUAGUGAAUCUUCAGAAUGAGAACCACCUCAGUACGCUCAAGCUGAAAGCUCUGGCCAGUGGACAUCAUUUAUCAACGACAGCUUUAGUCCAGCAGACCAGCAUUGCCGAACAACAACAGAAAACAUUUCGCGAUCUUAAUAUGAUCUCAGCUACACUAUCUCUUUUCAGUGUUUGCUGGGCUCUGGCCAGUUUUAGUAAAAAUGUUCGUUUACAAAACGUACACCGGUUGGUGCUGACAUGGCUUGGAGUCAUAUUUCAGUUCCUGUGGCGAUUGGGUACAGUGAUAUCGCGUGUAAUUUCGUUGACCGUUUACGCAUCGGUUUACAGUCAUUGGGUGUUUCUGGUUAUCAUCCUACAUUGGAUCUCGAUGUUUUUGUGGCUUAUCUCACCGAAAAACGUAUUUCACGGGGAACGAAUAUCGAGACUAAAAAAGGCAAUGUUGGGCGGCCUAAUAGCGUUCGUGUACAUUUUCGCAUAUAUCAAUCUACAGGAAGUUCGACAUCGGCAGAAAAUGCUUACCUUUUACGUCGUGAUGUUCAUGGAGAACUGUCUGCUGGUAUGCCUGUGGAUGGUUGGCAUUUGGCCUAACCGUCCUGAGGGUUGGUACAUGAUACCUAUAUUAGUACUGUGUAGUUUUGGUGUUGGUUUAUUCUUCAUGGUUGUGUAUUACCGAUAUUUUCAUGUACGCCGGUUAGGCUAUGAAGCAGGUGGUCGGGUUCCGUGUAGUGGAAGGACUAACAAGUGUAAUCAUGAUGCAUGCCGCUGCCAGGAAAGCUCACAACAGUUGGAAACUGGAAAAUCCAUGGGAGGAUGUGGAAAUCAAAAGUACCCUCAUGUCAUACCGGGUGUGUUUAACUGCCGUUUUUCGAAUCCGGUGAAUGCUGCAACUAAACGGAAAAAAAAGAAACCAACCACCUUUGUUCCACCACCGAAUUUCGCCAUUCAAACCAAUAACACCGAACAUGAAGCUCCUAUCGGACCAAUGGCAAUUCCGUUCUGGCGACGGCCUCUUCCAAGAUCGCAUACUGGAGGGUCUAGCGAAAAUGAUGGCAGUAGCGUCAGCUCAAGAGUCAACAUCCAGCAAAAAUUACAGGAAAAGAAACAAAAACAACUGGCCGAGUUGAAAAUUAUUGAAGAGGAGAUCAAGCAGGGUAAACUUGGUGGGCCAGGAACUGGAACGCUAAGUUCGGGUGACGAUACUAAGGCAACAUUGCCACGUCAACCUAUUCCAAGAGCGAAAAAACACAUCGAUAUUGAUCCGAUGGAUUGGCGACCCUCAAGUCCAGAUAUGGCUGAAAUUUCCGUGGAGAAGUCAUUCAAUGAUCUUAACUUGCUGCUGGCAGCUAAUUUAGAUGAUGUAAAUAAUCUGAACAAAUUUAAUGCUAACUAUGAUCCUAUAUACAACAGUUUUGGGUUGAAUGGAAUUAAUAUUUCUGCGCUGGUGAGUAUGAAGAAUGCCGAAGCGCAACAGGCAGCCGCGAACAACAGAAACAUGUCCCCGAUAUCGUCUCAAAUAUCGGCAACUGAGAGUAAUUCACUCACUCGUCAAGUUCACCCUCGAGCGAAAAUCUUGCCGAACAAUGUGCCAAGAAAUCCAUUCGCCGAAAACUAUCGGGGAAAUUUCGUUAGUUUAUACGCUGAUGCGGCUGCUAACAAUAAUAGACCUCCUUCGAUAAGCCCCCGUACUACAGAUGUUGCAGCAGCAAAUCGUGCAGUUCUUUAUGAUAAUCACAGUCGACUCUACAUGGACGCCAACCAUCCCCGUCAGAUAUCGGGAACCUACAGUAGUAUGGAGAACACUGGAACUGAGAAUCUCCCUUUCCCGUACAACGUUGUUCCGCCACCCCGCAGCAAACUGGAUAGUCGAGCAACACCUACCAUGCCAAACAACCCAAGUGCAACUAACACCGGUAGCAGUAGUGGCAAUAAUAAUAGUAACAGCAUUGGUAAGAAUGUGCCAGUAGCAGUUCCGCCGACCACGAUCAACAAUCUGAAUAAUACUAAGCGUCAGAUGCAACGGGCUAAGACACCGGAGAUACUCUUGUCACCACAUUAUUUGGAAAAUUCACGAAUUUACUACGACUGGGUGGCGCGAGAGGCGGCUAAUUUUAGAGUCCAAGAAACUGACCGCAACGAAUCCGUUGUGAGUAGCGGAGAUGAAAAUUUGGACCAAAAUGCCGCAGAUAAUGGACAUAAUCCCAAUCGCAUUCCAUCCGAUAUCGAUAGCCAGGUCUCUUUACCACGUUCCUACACGCUACCACGCGAAUUUAAAUACUACCGUCGGAACAAGGGUCGCAAAGUGAUCAAGAACGAGCAUUUCAUCGCCAGUACCAACAGCAGUGACGGGGAUGUGGACAGUGGAGACGACAACGAAUCGGAACACCAUUCGAAUAAUUCGAACACCAACUCGCAGCAGCGAUUGAAAAACGCUACUCCUUGCUCGAACCUAGGAGCACCACCGAGGUUGAAUAAUCUCAACAAAAAUUCAGCAGCCAUGCACUACGCGCAGAACAUUUCCCCGAAUGCAACCAUGCUGGUGAGCGGAGGCAGUUCGGCGAUCAUUUCGGCACCCAGUUCAAGGCAAACGCUGAACGCAACGCCCCAGAGUAUGCAUAUGGUCAACGGCUACGGAAAUAAUCUGAUGGCGAGUAGUUCAAAACAGGUCCAUAGCUUAGAUUUGAUAAACGGCGUCGACAACGUAGUCGGUGUAGCGAAUCCCAAUGGCCCUGCAGUUUCGUACAACAGUAGACCAAUGCGAUUGCGAAUGUAUGGUGCUAAGAACGGGAUGGUUCGACACGAGACUAAAUUAUGAGUUUAGCAGUAGGGUUUGGUAGAACAUAUUUAUAUGGGACUUAAAAUAGAUUGAUCGUUUUGAAUAGGUAGCAUAUUAAAAAUUAUUCUGUAACUUGUGAUAUAAUUUUAAUUUGUUUUUUUUUCAUAAAGAAGCUUGUUGCUUGUAUGUUUAGUAAAAUAAUAUGAAACUGGAGACUGCUAAUACAGAAAAUCCAGUCUUGGCUUUAUCAUCGUAGGCAUGUUAUUUACUGUAACGCCAAUCUUAGAUAAAUCAAGUAAAAAUAAGAUGCUCAUUGAUAUAAUAAACAAAUUAAAACAUAAAACAAGGUGUCGACAUUUCUGUGAAUAAAAAAAAU